GUCCGCCACAGCAGCGCACGCAUCCACGUAAGUUUGACUCAGGGCUUGCGCGCAGAGAGAGAGAGAGAGAGGGGAAUGGCGAACCUGUUCUGCAAGCAAGCGCAGAAUUAUGUGGAGACUCGGCCGAGUUACCCGGAAGAUCUAUUCCGGUUCAUCGCAUCCAAGACUCCCCAGCACGACCUGGCUUGGGAUGUGGGCACCGGCAGCGGUCAGGCCGCCGUCUCCCUAGCCAGGCUCUACAAGAGAGUGGUGGCGACGGACACGAGUCAGGAGCAACUCAGCUUCGCGCCCAGGCUCCCCAACAUCGACUACCGCCACACGCCGCCCACCCUGUCGCCCACGGAUCUGCACCAGCACGUGGCGCCGCCUUCGACCGUGGACCUGGUCUGCGUGGCCCAGGCGCUCCACUGGUUCGACCUCCCCACCUUCUACGACGGGGUCAACUCGGUCCUGGCCAAGCCCGGAGGCGUCCUCGCCGUGUGGUGCUAUACCGAGCCCCGAGUCGACCCGGCGGUGGACACGGUGUUCUGGCGCCUGUACACCGAAUCGGGCCGGUUCUGGGCAGCGGCACGACAGAUGGUGGAUGACGAGUACAGGAGCAUGCUGUUCCCGUACGAUCCGGUGGACGGGGAGGAAAGCACGGGGCCGUUUGAGUUCGCGGCGGAGCGGGCCAUGGACAUGGGGACGUAUCUCACCUACAUUAGGUCGUGGUCGGCGUAUCAGACGGCUAAGGAAAGGGGAGUGGAGCUUUUGACGGAUGAGAUGGUGAGUGAUCUUGAGAAGGCAUGGGGUGGCGACGGGAAGGCGGUCAAGGUGGUCCGCUUCCCUAUCUUCCUUAGGAUUGGGAAAGUGAGGACCUAAAAUUUCUGUGUCUCGAUUUGGUGUUCCCUUUCAAGAUUUUAUAAGCAAUAAUAAAAUCCCCUUUCUCAAAAUUUCAA